AUCGCCCCGCCCCUUUUGUGACGCUCCGGGUGGCGCGCGAGCGAGUCGAGAGGUAGGGGGUGGGGCUGGGCUGAGUUGGAAAUAGUGGGCAGCGGGGCCGCGGCGGAGCCCCUUCUGGCGGCUUCUCUUGCUCCAUCGAAUCCUAGCAGCGUCGGUCUCCAGCGAACUGAAGCCGCGGUCAGUAUGACGUUGCUGUGCUUACUACAAGCGGGCGGCACAGUGCUAGGGCAGGCGAUGGAGCGGGUGACUGGAGGCAACCUCCUGUCCACGCUGCUGAUCGCCUGCGCCUUCACGCUGAGCCUGGUCUACCUGUUCCGCCUUGCGGUGGGACACCUGACUUCUCUGCAGGCCGGGGCGAAAACUCCACCAUACAUUUUCUCUCCAGUUCCAUUCUUAGGACAUGCUGUAGCAUUUGGGAAAAGUCCAAUUGAAUUCCUAGAAAAUGCAUAUGAGAAGUAUGGACCUAUAUUUAGUUUUACCAUGGCGGGUAAGACAUUUACUUACCUUCUGGGAAGUGAUGCUGCUGCACUGCUUUUUAAUAGUAAAAAUGAAGACCUAAAUGCAGAAGAUAUCUACAGUCGUCUGACAACUCCUGUGUUUGGGAAGGGAGUUGCAUAUGAUGUGCCUAAUCCAAUUUUCUUGGAACAGAAGAAAAUGCUAAAAAGUGGUCUUAACAUAGCCCACUUCAGGCAGCAUGUUUCUAUAAUUGAAAAGGAAACACAGGAAUACUUUCAAAGUUGGGGAGAAAGUGGAGAAAAAAAUUUGUUUGAGGCUCUUUCUGAGGUUAUAAUUUUAACUGCCAGUCACUGCUUACAUGGAAAAGAAAUCAGAAGUCAACUCAAUGAGAAGGUGGCACAACUGUAUGCAGAUUUGGAUGGAGGUUUUAGUCAUGCAGCCUGGCUGCUGCCAAGCUGGCUCCCUUUGCCUAGUUUCAGGCGCAGGGACAGAGCUCAUCGUGAGAUCAAGAAUAUUUUCUAUAAGGCAAUCCAGAAACGCAGAAAAUCCAAAGAAAAAGUUGAUGACAUUCUCCAAACUUUACUUGAGUCUACUUAUAAGGAUGGGCAUCCUUUGAGCGAUGAUGAAGUAGCAGGCAUGCUUAUAGGACUGCUUUUGGCAGGGCAGCAUACCUCCUCGACAACCAGUGCCUGGAUGGGCUUCUUUUUGGCCAGAGACAAAACACUUCAAGAUAGAUGUUACUUAGAACAGAAAACUGUCUGUGGAGAGGAUCUGCCUUCAUUAACUUAUGACCAUCUCAGAGAUCUAAAUGUACUUGAUCGCUGUAUAAAAGAAACAUUAAGGCUUAGACCUCCAAUAAUGACCAUAAUGAGAAUGGCCAGAACACCUCAGACGGUGGCAGGCUAUACUAUUCCUCCAGGACAUCAGGUGUGUGUUUCUCCCACUGUCAAUCAGAGGCUUAAAGACUCAUGGAUAAAACGUCUAGACUUCAAUCCUGAUCGCUACUUAGAGGACAAUCCAGCAUCAGGAGAGAAGUUUGCGUAUGUACCAUUUGGAGCUGGACGUCAUCGUUGUAUUGGGGAGAAUUUUGCCUAUGUUCAAAUUAAGACACUUUGGUCUACAUUACUUCGUUUAUAUGAAUUUGAUCUUAUUGAUGGAUAUUUUCCUGCUGUGAAUUACACAACCAUGAUUCACACCCCUGAAAAGCCCAUUAUCCGAUACAAACGCAGAUCAAAAUGAAGGCUGCAAGGAACUAAAAUGCGAAUUAUCGAUGUAAAUGCAAGAGGGUUUGAAGAGAAUGAAGUUUACAGAACUACUCCUAGUAUACUACUUUUGAGUGUGUGAUCUUAAUAGAAUGGUCCCUUGGAGGUUUUUAUAUUUUAUUAACUGAAUGUUUCCAGGAAGUCUAGUGGCAUUGUAGACAUUCCUUCAAAAUUUUAUGAUGGCUAUCUGCUACUGGUACUUUAUUUAUAGAAAUCAAGCUCAUUAGUAAAAAAUUGUUUAGGGAAUCUUGAUAAUUGGAAGACUCUAAAUAACAAUAUGGAGUUAAUUGUAAGUGCAUACGUAGGUCUUAGCAAAAUAAAUUCUCAGUGUUCAAAUCUCAUACUAGUUACACAAGAUGAUGAAUCUCAGAAUUUUUAGAUUGGUUAAUCAUUUACUGGGAAAAUACCUACUUAUAUGAGGGUAGGUUGGUAGGGAACAACUCACUUCAAGUCUUAGAUAAAAGAAUACUAUUAAUUGCUUUGAUAUACUGGUACUCCACAGUGGUGGAGCUGUUUGGCAGUACUGCCUAGGAAAUUGAAAGAGAUAUAUGACUGUGACUUAUGCUUUCUAAAAUGAUUACUAAUGUUAAAGAUAAUUCAUGUAACUAUUCAAUAUUACGUAUUUACCUACUUGAUAAAUAUGUAUCUGGCUCUACGUGGCCACUUCUAUGAGGAACUCCAAAAAGAGAUUCUUAAGGGAUACUACUUGACUCAUUGUGGCUCCAAAAAUUACUUUAUAGAAUUCAACUAGUAGUUUCUUUUAUUACUACUACUACUAGUGACUCGAGGAGGUGGCUCAGUGAUUGGGCACAGGGCUUGGAUGCAUGAUGACCUGAUUUUGAUACCCAGCACUGCAUAUGCCAGUGAAGCCUUGGUUUUCUAUAAUUUUUUUAAAAGAAACUUUAAUUAUAAAUUUAGGUUAACAACUUUUUUUAAACUAUAAAAUUUAAGAAUAGGGAACUGGUUUUAAGAUGGAGUAACAUGUCCUGAGUCCUUGAAUUAAUUAGAAAUUGGCUUGCUGCUCAGAAGGCCAGUUAAUCAAAAGCAAAGGCUUAUAUGAAUAAAAUAAGAUUAUCAUCACGUGCUAUUAAAACUAAAAGACUUUAAACUUAUGUCUGAAAAAAACCGUCUUGUGCUCAGGCAAGGCUUUUGGUUUUAUAAAAGGAAGUGGUGGGGGAGAAGGUGCUGGUUACAAAACCAUAGGGCUGAUGCAAAGGGUUCUGACAUAGGCUAUCCAGCUGCUGGAAGGAUUCUAGUCACAUGAAAUGAAUUACCAGAGCUUGCUGGUCUGUCUUUUAUAUGAGAUAAUAUCACUCAUUUCCCUUGAAUGUUUAAGUGUGACCUCCUACAGAAGGAAGUAAGAGGUUUUCAGAAAUGUAUCUAUAAUGCUUGGGAGUAAUCACUGGUCACAUUCUGUGAAGCACUUGCUCAGAAAACAACUUAAGUUAUAACUGGGUACUUGACUAUAUGAUGCCGAUAGCUAGACAACAUAGUCUGUUUUUACAAGAUGAGGUCAACUGAUAUUUUCCUUUUUGCAUCUUAGUUUCAUUUAAGAGAUUAGAGGACUUCUGUUAAUAUCUGUGAAAGCAAAAUCUGUGUUAUUCAUUAAAAUUAUCUUUAAGAAAGAUAA